ACAAAAUGGCGGACGGGGCAGUGCAGGCGCACCGGCGACUCGCAGUGAGAGGAACCCUUCCACGGCUCCGCCCUUCCUCGGAGGCGGCGCUGCCCAGCCUCGCAGUGCCGCAGCCCUUCCCCCUCUCCCCAACCUCCUUUUGGUCUGCAGCGUUGGGCACUGCUGCCGCCUUGUGGUUGGAUGCCGCCCUCUGCCUCUGCGGCCGCCAUGGGCAAGCGGGUGGCUGUGGUGCUGGCCGGCUGCGGCGUCUUUGACGGCAGCGAGAUUCACGAGGCCUCGGCCGCGCUGGUGCACCUCAGCCGCGGCGGCGCUGAGGUGAAGAUAUUUGCCCCUAAUAUUGAGCAAAGAGAUGUUGUCAAUCACCUAAAAGGAAGUCCAGCAGAUGAGAAGAGAAAUGUGUUAGUUGAAAGUGCCAGGCUGGCAAGGGGAAACAUCCAGGAUUUGGCUGAGCUGAAAGUCAGUGAGUUUGAUGCAGUUAUUUUCCCUGGUGGAUUUGGCGUGGCAAAGAACCUGUGUUCCUGGGCUGUAGAUGGCAAGAAUUGCACUGUCAAUGAGCAUGUGAACUCCACUCUCCGAGCUUUCCACAGUGCUAAAAAGCCCAUUGGGUUGUGCUGUAUAUCACCAGUCCUGGCAGCUAAAGUCUUUCCUGGUUGUGAGGUCACAGUUGGCCAAGAUAAAAACGUAGAUGGAAGAUUUCCUGAUGCUGAAACUGCAUCUGCUAUAACAGAGCUUGGAUGUAAGCACAUUUGCAAAGAUGUCAGUGAAUCCCACGUGGAUAAAGCCAAUAAAAUAGUUACUACCUGUGCUUUCAUGUGCAAGGCUCCUCUGCAUGAGAUCUUUGAUGGAAUUGGAACAAUGGUAAAGGAAGUCCUGAAACUUGCCUGAUGGGUAUCAUGCAGACUUCCGUGAGAAAAUCAAUUUAGCAAAGCAUAAACAUUUUAGCUACUUUUGAUGGUAUUAAUAAAAUAAUGCAGCUAUCACACUUCA